UAAACACGUCUGUACGAAAUUCCAAUUAUACAGCAACGUGGCUUUCUUGUCACAAGCAGAAAAUGAAAAUGUAAACAAAAGCUCUACAAAAGGAACACAAUUUAGGGGGUAACAACAAUAACGAUGAACAAGUCUAAUAUAAAGGAGGCAAAUGAACACCUUCAAAAGCUUUACCAGCGAGUCCAGGACUUGGAAAGUACGGUACAGGAGCAAGCAGAAGCGAUGAUGAGACGGGACGAGGAGGCCGAGUCAACGCUGCGUGAGCUCGGCCGAUCUAAAGACCGCGAGAUCGCUGAACUACGGAGGUCCUUGGAGUCGUCGGAGAUGCACGUUCAGCACCUCUUGGGCUCCUGUCGGGAAAAAGACUCUCAGAUAUCGUUCCUGAAACAGAGGAGUAAAAUUCUAGACGAUGUUUGUCAGGAGCUGCCAUCUUUAGAGAUUCUUGUGGAUACGUUGCGGAGGACCCCGUCAUCCCGGAGUCGACAUGCUUCAGAUUUUGAGCAAGGUGUUAAGCAAAUGACAAACGCUACUGCUGAGCACGGCAGACAGUCUGCUUCACCGGACGUUCGCCCGACUGGAUUUGGGCACAGUUCACCGAGGAUUGAGAGCACACCUCAACACAACAUGGCGAGGAACUUUUCGAUAUCUGAUGACGAUGAGGAACAUCUAUCUUGAUUUCAUGGUGGUGUCAUCACUUUAAGACUUGUUAACCCUUCUUGCGCUGGACUACUCCUCCCCGGUCAAGAUGUUUCGAGGAAUACUACCUCCGUGUUCAGUGGAAACUUGCAGCUCUUUUUUAUAGCUCUAUUGUGGCACCAAAUGAUGAGAAUUGAAUAUUUUGGAUGUGUUUUUUGUUUAACAAAGAGUCCUUGAAAAUUUUCUCAUGACAUUGAAUUUAUAUUUAGCAUUCAAAAAGUAGACAUUGGGCUAGUUGCGAUAACGUAACCCUCUUUUCGCAGUCGGCAGGGGGGGUUACGCUAUCGCAAUUUGUAAAGCAUGUAAGCACAAAAGCUUGCUUAGCACGGAAAACUCUUGCUUAGCAAAAUAGGUUACCAACAAGAAUACCACACAGUGACCAAUGCUGCAACUAGUUAUGCUAGGAGUAGUACCCCAAUCAUUUCUCGCUUAUCAAAGUGAUGCUUAGCAGAACUUUCUGUUUGACAGCUUUAUGAAAUUGGUUCCUGUUUUAGUAUAUCGGCUGCAGACGUAGUUUUUUUUAAUACCCGGGAAACAUUCCAACAGACAAAUUCAUUGAUAUUUUAAAACUUUGAAUUUAUGUUUUAUGUACAUACGUGUACACUACAUGUAUAAAUCUGCAAUCUUAUUUUUACAUGACGAUGUCCACUUGGGGCAUUUUUCGGUGGUCUGUAGGAACUUAUUAGCAUUAUGGUGGGGAAUACAUUUAUAAUGUGUGGAUGAACAGUUUAGUAGGAUGUGAAACUUUGUAUGGUUUGCAGUAACACCAUGGACAUAAGCAUGAAUUUAAAUGUGCAUCAUGGUGGAAAAUAGUAGAGUUUGUGGUGACGCCAUCUAAUGAAAUCUCUUUCAUGAGUUGUGGUUGCUCUGGAAAGACUGUAUGGUGAAAGAAUUUAACAUUAUGAUCACCAUGUUCUGUGUUCUCUUGAAGACCAUCAUAUCAUACUAAUCGAAACAUCACGUUGUUACAGCAUUGGUCUUAUACCGAACCACCACAGCUCAUGAGAGAGAUUUCAUGUGGUGGUGUUAACGCAAACUUUACUAGAUUAUUAUAGUGGGUAUUUUUAAAAUAGAACAAAAUUGCUGGUGAGAAAGGUGUCCAACAAAUCUACCUGAUACAAUUAUUCAGCACAAUGAAGAAGUUUAUGUAAAAGAUGUGUGCCUGAUAUGUAUGGAGCAGACAGACAAUUUGCAUAUUCAUUAGUGUUUAAAGUAGCAUAUAAUUUGAAUAAAUGCCCACGGGUAUGGAACCAAUAUGUCCAGCCUUAUAAAUAAGUGUUCAACAAUAAUGUUAUUGUUAAAACAAUUAUCAUACUGUUAAACAAUUCACAACAAUUAGAAAGAGGAACAAAUUGUACAAUAAACAGGCUUCUAUUAAAAAAUUAAUAAACAUGUUUA